GACUGCAGACCGCAAAAAACGUUACACAAUCCAGUUAUUGUAUACCUGUGGAGGGACAAGAGAGGGAACAGUGGCUGACCAGGCGCGUAACCAGAACUGCAGACGCCCGACGGGAGCGCGCAUUGACUGAAACCAAACAGACACCAAGCAGGAAGUUUCACAGCAGCAUCAGGGGGGCGCGCUGACCUGUUAAAAUAUUCCCACAGAAAGGUGCUAGUUAUUCAUUUUUAUGCUCCAGGAAUAAGUAAGUUAUGUUUGAGUCCCCUCGCAGAUGCGGUAACAUCCUAAAUGCCUGGUCGGAGAGCUUAGAAGAGUUACAGGAGACGCAACCGGUGUCUCCAGUCAGCACAGACAAUCCAGGCAAGAAGAGAAAGAAAAAGAAACGAGAACAACAGCGAUCGUUCUCGGUCCCGCAGCUCUUCACAGCCGCUUCCGUAGCUUCAGAUCCAGAAGAGCGAAAUCGAGGAGAUACAGAUCAAAGAGCUGAAACCGAGGAGCCGAUUGUCAGAGGGAUAUUUCAGAUAGAAAAAAGAAGCUGCGACGUAGUGUUGACAGCGACCAGGGUGAUAUGGACUCAGAUCCAACCCGAGACCCCUACAGGAGACAUCAAAGCAAGUGAAACAAAUCAAGACGAAUAUGUGGAGCUGAAGGACAUUUUUGCUGUCAAGUUAAAACGGCGCCGUUCUGUGGGCCAGCAGACAGGCGGGACUCUUUUAGGAAUAACGCUCUUCCAAUGUGUCAGAAAAGGAAAAAAACUGAAGGACCAUGCCAUCCAUCUCAGCAACCUCAGUGUGGACCACUGUGAAGUCUGGUUCAAACAUCUGAAGGACUUAUUAAAUGGAUUUCGGAACAGGCCGAAAUCACUGAAAGUGUUUGUGAACCCAAACAGCCAUAAGAAAGAAGCUCACCAGAUCUACAAAGAGCAGGUUGAACCUCUGUUUAAGCUUGCUGACAUCAAGACAGACAUCACCAUUACAGAGAACAAGGGACAAGCUCUUUCAAUUCUGAAAGAAUGCAAGCUGGAUGAAUAUGAUGGUGUGGUCUGUGUUGGUGGGGAUGGCACUGCCAGUGAGGUAGCCUAUGGUUUACUUCUUCGGGCCCAGAUGGAUGCUGGGAGGGAUACAGAUUCUAUCUUCACGCCUGUCAGAGCACCACUUCCUCUCGGCAUAAUACCAGCAGGUUCCACCGAUGUAGUUGCAUGUUCUGUUCAUGGAAUAAGACAUCCAGUUACUGCUGCCAUGCACAUCAUCAUGGGACAUCUCCAGUCGGUGGAUGUUUGUACGUUUAGUUCCCACAGCAGGCUGCUCCGCUUUGGCUUCUCAGCUAUGUUUGGCUUUGGUGGGAGGACUUUGGCCUUGGCAGAAAAGCACCGCUGGAUGCCUUCCAACCAGAGAAGGGAAUUUGCUGUAAUCAAAACACUGGCAAAUCUAAAGCCUGAAGAUUGUGAAUUAUCUUUUUUACCUCUGACACAGUCCCAGAAAGUAACUGAAGGAAAAAGUAGAAAUGACUCUACAAAGGAUAGUCCCCCAAAUACUGAUGAUGAAGAGGAAUGGCAGAAAAUAAAGGGCCUUUUUCUAAAUAUCAGCAUCAUGGCUAUCCCUUGCCUGUGUUCCAUGGCACCAAGAGGUCUGGCACCUAAUACUAGGUUGGACAAUGGAAGUAUGGCCCUCAUUGUAGUGCGGAAUACUUCUAGGGCAGAUUUCAUAAAACAUCUGAAGAGAUAUGGCAGCUUAAAGAACCAAUUCAGCUUUUCGUUUGUGGAGACCUACACAGUCCAGGCUGUGAAAGUCAGACCACGGCCCUGGAGUGGUUGGGGUGAUGACACCUUAGAGGAGAACGUGGAGAUUGAUUCUAAAAACACACCUAUGAUAUCCUCCGAGGGAAGCUACCCUUGGAACAUCGAUGGAGACCUUAUGGAGGCUUCAGAAGUGUGUAUCAGAGUGCAUCCUCAGCUUAUCACACUCUUUGGGGUGAACACAGAAGAAGUUGAUGAAUCCACUGUGAAAUGCAGCUGUAUUUAAAUGCUGCAGUCUAAAGCAAUAAAGGACUUGUCACUUUUGCUGAAAGACGUUCUACAUUGUACUGCAUGUAGCACAAGCAUUCUUUUUCCCUACUUGUAAAGUUGCAUUUUACUUCUAGUAGCCAUUUAAAGAUACGAAAAAUACACACAUUUUAUAUAAAAGGAGAUUUAUUCAAAACAAACUGUAAAAAAUAUACAGUAAUUUAUUUUAAUAUUCCAGUGCAGAUGUCAAUAUUUAAAUUUUAAAUAAAACCAAAGGAAAAGUAUAAACCAAAAACUGUUAUACUUACUAUGAUUGUUUUACACUCAUUAUACUUAUAAACAUUUCAUAGCGUCAAAGGCUUUUAUUAAGAAAACAAAUAAAGGAAUUCAUUUAAGGAUAAGUUGUUCUCAAACUGAGCUUUGUUACUGACUUUUUUUAAACAAUAAUGUUAACUAUACUUGUAGUAGAACAUGUCCUGAACUGUAAAAUACUGAGAAGUUGUUAUUUAGUUUCACACUAGUCCAACUGCCUGUUCAUUGUAACCUGAGUUUGUUUAAGAAUAAUAUCCCAUAAAACAAAACCUACAGUAUAUAAGCAAAGAUAAUUAUAAAACAUUAAUGUUGAAUUCAUUACUAGGGUAAUGAUAAACUGUGGUCAAUUAUGGUCACUGCACAAAAAAUGCUUUACUUCAUCUUUUACAAAUUCCUAUACUUUGGAUAUCACUUCAUAAUUUUGAUUCUAAACAAAUACAUUUUUAAAAUAUUCAUGCUGUUAUACAGUUCAUUUUUUCUGUUAUCUCCUUUUCUGCAGCAUUCAGCAACAUGUACUAAGGCAUGGUGAACCUGUAGUAAACUAUAAUUCAACUGUAGUUGUGCACACUAGAUUACUAUAGUACAUUAUUCAAGUCAAAUAGUUCUGUACAGUACAUUACAAAACAAAAUACCUUUAUUUGAUUUUGGUAUACUGUACAAUAAUUGUUUGCCUAAUUGAAUUCUAUUGACCCCGAUUAAUGAUUAAACUAUAAUUUAAAUAUUUUACCAGGUCUAUAACUUGUCUGUUUUUACCCCAUUAAACCAUGGUAUACUUUAGGAUCCUUAUAAGAUACAAAAGGGAAAAUGUUCUUUACCUUCAUUUACUGGAGCAUUUCUGGGAACUUAGAUUUCUUUUUAAAUGUUAUUAAACGAGAGACUGUCAUGUGUGUGAUAUUUAUCUUGAUAAAACUUUGCAUUGCAAAACACUUGCCACUUUUUGAACAGACUGGAACAAAUAUCUGUUAUGUUUUUAAUCCAGUUCAUAUAGUUUGCCAUUAUUGUGCAUGCACAUCGAGUCUAUCAAUCUGUUAGUGUCUUCUGGAUUAACCUUGUAUAACUACAUAAACAAACAAUUGUCUAAGUAAUAGAGUUUAAUGCUGAAUUUUUAAUUCCUGAAAAUAAGUUUGAAAUGUAAUUAAUUGUGGCUAUCUUACCUUUAAUAAUUAUGUAUAUGAGGACAAUGGCUUUAAUCUCUUAAAGCAAUUACUGUAAUUUUUUUUUAAUUAAAUGAUCAAAGUUUAAAAGUGAACAUUAUUUUGUAAUUGCAUGUUUUUCAUAACUAAUUUGAUCAUUUCAAUUGAGUGAGUACCUCUUUAUUUUUUCCUACAAUGCAUCUGCAAGACUAAAAGGCACCAUUUUUUCAGAUUUAAAACCUUACAGUUCAAUUUAAAGAAAUUAUCAAGAAGAAAUGAAAGGGUCAAUCUUUUAAAAAACCUGACUUAUCUAUCAUCAAAUAUAUAUAUAUAAAUAUAAAAUAUGUGUAGGAAACACUUUUAUAAACAGGUUCAACAGCAGUGCAUUUUUAUACAGCAGGCACAAUUAAAUUUAUUACCACUUAUUAAACUGAAAUGUUAUUUUCACAUAUUCCAUUUUAGAUUUUCAUCUCAUGAGGUAUAGUAUAAUUGUAUGAUCUUUUGAUGAUGUAUAGUGAAUAUAUUCUAACGUAUAUAAGAGCUAAAGUGCAUUUAAUUUGUCCUGCUGACAAAAACAUAAAUUUGAUUUCACAAGCUAUGUAUAAUUAUUUUUCCUUGUCUUUGUUGGUCUCACCAUAUUAUUAUGUCGUUUAUUUUUGUGGAAUAUGAUGGUUUAUUCGACAGUGAACAUACUGUAUUCCUGGAAUUUGAAGAUAAAUGGGUUUGCUUGAAAUCCUAGUCCUAUUAAAAAAAAGAUCCUAUGGCAGCAAA